CGGAAACAUGGCCGCUCUUACCCAGACCUGCAAGAUUGCCCUCCCCGCGCGCGUCGCGAAGCGCUCCGCGCGCACCGCCCGCCGCACCGCCGUCGUCGCCAAGGCUGCCGCCCCCGUCGACGCCGUCCGCGUCCAGCAGAAGGCCGUCGCCGGUGUUCUCGCUGCCGGUGCCGUGUACGAGGCCAUGUCUGCCCCCGCGGCGCAGGCGGCUAUGGAGCUCGUGCAGGUGGCUGAGGGCGAGCCCCUCAUCGUGAACGUGGCGUGGGGUGCCCUCAUGGCCACCUUCUCCUUCUCCCUCUCCCUCGUUGUCUGGGGUCGCUCCGGCCUCUAAGCAACACGCGUUGCUCACGUGUAACUUGACGACCGGGCGGUGAAGCCCCUCCCGCCGCGAGGUUUGCGGAAUAGGUUGGCAGGGAGGUGUUCGGCUCCAUGGAACACGACAUCAAGAUGUAAUAGGUGGGAUUGUAGAGGAAUGUGGAGGCUAUUCUUUUGAUUAGCGUAACUGCUGGAGAGUCCUCUAGAUAGUAGGGACUCGCCAUUCGAGCUCGUUAUCAAAUAUUUACGACUACGAUGCGUA